AGGGGCAAUUCGCUACCUGCCCUACCGCUUAGAUUUUGGAUACGUGCCAGUAGUGAUGAAUGGGGAAAUUGAUCUGGUCAGAAAUUCGGCCCUUCAAAAGAAUUUCAUGAAAACCUCAUGUAGAUCAGCUCUUCAAAAUCAAGAUCAUCUCACUGCAUCAGAUCUUUCUUUAUUCAAUGUCGCUGUUUCUCGAAUGCCGGAGGCUGUACGGUCUGACCUCGAUCAUCUUUCUGAUAUAGGAAUCAUAAGUGGUAGUGCAUCUAACGAAACUGUAGAAAAUACUCGGAAGGAUCGUGAAAUGACUCGAAAUCCACCCAACAACUCGGGAAUAGUUUUACCACCUGUUUCCUGUCAGGCCUGUCAGGUUUCCACAUCUUUAACUGAAGUCAGUGACUCGCUCUCUGUUGCACCUCAAAUUGCUAGCUCUGGUUUAAAUAACUCAGAAGAAUUGAACAGAAACCACUUUCUCUCUUUAAUCAAAUCAAACUCAGAACACUCUGACAAAAGUACAACAUCCGAUGUGGUUGAUUUUACGAAAACUGCUUGUGGUCAUUUUGAUGGUCAGUUGCAGCCUGGUGAAUCAGAGUAUCGAAAUAAACUGAGUAAGACGCAUAACCUUACAUCUAUGGCUGAUCAUUUAACUGAUACGACUUGCUUACGUACUAGCAACCCAAGUGCAGAUAUUCGCUUUCUAAGAGCAUCGUUAGAGGCUAAUAUGAAUUCUGACUCGCUUUCAAGAAUCCAUCAGAGAAAUGAUACGAAGAGUAUUUCAGCAGAACAGGAAGUUAUUGACAUAUCAGGUGAAUUCGGAUCAAGUAGUUUGUGGAGUCACCAGAAUUGUGCUGGCGUCACCUCUACAGACCAUGCUUUUUCAUUCGUCGAUGAUACUAUGACAUCCUUAAUAUCCAAUACAGAGGUAGACCAGGAUGGCACGUUGAAUGAUGGUUAUGCUAAUAGCAUUUGUCAAACCACUGGUCUUAACAAUUCUGCUACAGUGGUUACAGCUAAGCGCCCGAUCACUGGGGGUCAUCAGGCAACACGAUAUCCUAUCGUAAAUAAGGGAGGUCUUUGGCCAAAUAGUUCUGGCGGGAUACCAAACUCUACACUUGGGUAUUUGGUUUCCAAUGCAUGGAGUGCCAACAGUACAAGUGUUUCAUCUAAGCUCGGGAAUGCUCUUAUUACCGAUUCAAACCUUUCUGCUACUGAUUUCCAGGGGAAUGGAGCUAAUACAUCUUGGUCUCAAAAUGCAAACGUCCAUCAGACGCUUCAAAAACAAAGCAUUCAAAAUGUUCCAAAUAUGGCUGGAGCCAUGAGUUUCAUGAAUGGAAUAACAAAUGGCACUUCUUUGAAUCGAACGCCUGGGUGCUUAAGUCUAGGGUCGAUACCGACGACCAAUAUCGGUAUUACUAGUAAUAACAAUAAGAUCAAUGAUACAGGUCUUUCGAAUAUAUAUAGUAUGUUCCCUAAGCGUCCUCAACAUCGAAUGAUGGCACAUUGGCAACAACAACAACAGCAUCAUCAUCCGACUUCACAGCACCAAGUGCCGAUCGGAAAGAGUCUUAUGAAUAUCGCCUCAAGUAAUCUACAGCUAAACGGGAGUCGUGGUAGUACAUCUGGAGCCGGUUCUAACAUUUCACUAAUGGCAAAUGGUUGUGGAGACAAUGGCCUAAGCAGUACUACGGGAGGUUUCAAUAGCAAUUCCGUCUUACAGUCUCUGAACAAUGUUGUACCCUCUUCGUCUGUUAAUAGUCCUCUGGUAAUUUGUUCAUCUGGAGACUCUUAUGCGAAUACAUUGACAUUUAAUACUUCAACAUCGGAAAGUUCACUUGACAGUUUCAAAUACGGACUAGAUCAACAACUUAUGGAAGUUAUCAAGUCUUUCGAGAUGAGUAGCAUCGGAGGUAAUAAUAUGAUAACCUCAAAUGCAAAUAGCACAUCUGUGGGAGGAAUAGAUGACCUGGCGCUUCCAGCUGGCUUUGGAGAGAUGGAACAGCAAAUACCCCCAAUGAACUCUAUGAAUCAGGUACCUAUCUUAGGUCCAUCAUCGAUGCACAACUCUGCGCCUAUGAUGAGUGGAUCGAAUAACCACAGUUCAAACUUUGGUGGUCUGUCAGGUUACAACGGUGGUUCCAUGCUAAGUUCAAUUGGAAUGACAAGUCCAUACUCAAUGUUUGCAAACAUUUUUACCCGUGAAGAAGGAUAUUCGCGGAAAGUAUUCGUCGGGGGUCUCCCACCGGAUAUAGAUGAAGAAGAAAUAACCACCGCUUUUCGUCGAUUUGGCCCCCUAAUCGUUGACUGGCCUCAUAAGACUGAAAGCAAGGCAUAUUUUCCACCGAAAGGCUACUGUUUCUUGCUAUUUCAAGACGAAAGAUCUGUCCAAAGUCUCAUUAGCGCUUGUAUUGUGGAUGAAGGGAAAUAUUAUUGGUGUGUUUCUUCACCCACUAUGAAGGAUAAGCCUGUUCAAAUUCGACCAUGGAACUUAGCAGAUUCCGAUUUCGUGAUGGAUGGCUCUCAACCGUUAGAUCCUCGUAAGACAAUAUUUGUUGGAGGCGUUCCGCGUCCUCUUAGAGCUAUUGAACUUGCUCUGAUUAUGGAUCGUUUGUACGGUGGUGUUUGUUAUGCUGGUAUAGACACUGAUCCAGAAUUGAAAUAUCCUAAAGGUGCUGGUCGUGUUGCAUUCUCAAAUCAGCAGAGUUACAUAGCAGCAAUCAGUGCACGAUUUGUUCAGUUACAGCAUAAUGAAAUUGAUAAACGCGUUGAAGUUAAACCGUAUGUGUUGGAUAAUCAAAUGUGUGAUGAAUGUCAGGGUACUCGCUGUGGUGGCAAGUUUGCUCCAUUCUUUUGUGCCAAUGUUACUUGCCUUCAGUACUACUGUGAACAAUGUUGGGUACAAAUACACAGUCGUUAUGGUCGUGAAUAUCAUAAACCUCUAGUCAAAGAAGGCGCUGAGCGUCCUCGUCCUGCACUUUAUCGGUGGUAGGCGCCUAUUCACACCUAUUAUUCUUCACUGGGGUUUGUUUUACAGUGUGCAUGCCUAACAUAGUAAUGGAUGUGUUUCCUCUGUCUUCAAUUUCACUGUCCUUCAUCUUUCGGUUUCUUGGUCACUAAUCACUUUGUCAAUUCAUGCUCUUAAUCUUGUUUGUUGUUUUCUAAGUAAAUUUUUCUAAAUUUUUGCCAGUCUAAUGAUAAGUUUUUUAUGUCACCUAUCACCAUCCACAAUGAUAAUUGGCUUCUCUAUUUCAAUGGAGAACCUCUUUUUAGACUGAAUUCAUAUAAUAUGAUUUUAUUAGGUCAAUGCCUGUGUUCGCCCCGAAGUUAUCAGUUUGCUUUUUUGCCAUUUCCUAGUCUGUGAUUUGUCAUUCACUAAAUGCUGAUUAUUAAAUCUUUCUUUUGCUUGUUUGUCUACGCAAUUACACGUGGGA